CAGAGAAGUAUGAACUCCUACUGAUCCAGCAGAGGCUUGGUAUUAUUUGACGGAAGAUUUGGCGAGGACCACAGUGUCAAAGAUGUACCAACACUCCACCAGUUCAGCAGACAACCUCUCCAGCUACAUGAGCCCAGAACAAAUGGCCAGCUACAACCGACAGAUGACCUCCUCUUCCCUGUAUGGCCACCAUCCCAUGUUUAAACAGGAGUUUGCCAACAGUACCUACAACAUGGUGGCAGCGGCGGGACACUCUGGAUAUCACCACCAGGGGGGGCUGCUGGCUGUGAAACAAGAACCUCGGGAGAUUGGUUGUGAAGAAGAGGGCCCGUCCUGUGUCAGUUUUCCUAGGUCGGACUUCUCUAUACGCAGCAGCCCACCAGAGGAUGAUAACUCGGGUGAAAAAGGCUUAUUGGUAGGCAAUAACAUGGUAGCCGUGACAGAGAAUACAUUGCUUGUUGCUUUGAACUGGCUGUAA